UCCCUGGACGUGAUGGUUGAGCGUUUGUUGUAAUGCGCCAGACGCGACGCCUCGCCCGCGAUGCGCUCGAAGAUGUCGUUGACAAAUGAAUUCAUGAUACCCAUGGCUUUGGAGGAAAUACCGGUAUCCGGGUGAACCUGCUUCAACACCUUGUACACAUACACGGAGUAGCUCUCCUUGCGACUACGCUUGCGCUUCUUGCCAUCCUUUUUCUGGGCCUUGGCCACCGCCUUUUUGGAACCCUUCUUCGGAGCAGAAGCAGACUUAGCUGGCUCAGGCAUCGCAAGAUCCACAAAACCGCCAGUGUUUCGUCAUGUCUGGCCGGGGGAAACAGGGCGGUAAGGUACGUGCCAAGGCGAAGACCCGCUCUUCGCGCGCCGGGCUCCAGUUCCCCGUGGGACGUGUGCACCGCCUGCUCCGCAAGGGCAACUACGCCGAGCGGGUCGGGGCCGGCGCUCCGGUGUACCUGGCGGCAGUGCUGGAGUACCUGACGGCCGAGAUCCUGGAGCUGGCGGGCAACGCGGCCCGCGAUAAUAAGAAGACGCGUAUCAUCCCGCGUCACCUGCAGCUGGCCAUCCGCAACGACGAGGAGCUCAACAAGCUGCUGGGCAAAGUCACCAUCGCUCAGGGCGGCGUCCUGCCCAACAUCCAGGCUGUACUGCUGCCCAAGAAGACCGAGAGCCACCACAAGGCCAAGGGAAAAUUUCAAAAUCAAAGAUGGCGUCCGGCGAUCCUGGGACUGGCUCUGGUGGUGCUUGAGGUUAUCGCACCGUGAUCUCCUUUCUGGAAUGAAAAAUGUUCACAG